CCGGAGCAGGUGGUCCUCGUCAGCGGCCACCUCGACUCCUGGGACGUCGGCCAGGGGGCGAUGGACGACGGCGCCGGGGCGUUCAUCAGCUGGCGGGCGCUGUCGGUGGUAAAACAGCUCGGUCUGGUGCCGAAGCGAACCCUGCGCUCCGUCCUCUGGACCGCCGAGGAGAUGGGCCUGCUGGGGGCGAAGGAGUACGCCAAGCGCCACCAGAAGAGCCUGCGAAACAUCAGCAUCGCCCUCGAAUCGGACGAGGGCACCUUCGAGCCGAUCGGCCUCUCCUACUCCGGCCUCAAUCACACCGCCCACUGCGUCCUCCAUUCGAUUCUGCAGAUGGUCGGCGGCGAGGGCAGUCCUCUGUUGCCCAACUCCAGCCAACUUUCACUUCGCCUGGACGGCUCCGAUGUGACUGUAUUGGCUCGGGUGGCGAGUGUGCCGGUGGCCAGCCUGGACAACGCCAAUGAGCGGUACUUCUACUACCACCACACGCAGGGUGACACGAUGUCCGUGCUGGACAGCGGCGAGCUGGACCGCUGUACGGCCUUCUGGGCGGCGGUCAGCUACGCACUGGCCGCUCUUGAGGAUCCGCUUCCUCUGUAG